CAAUGAGAGCGGUCUUUGUUCUGCAGCACAAUGACCUCAUUAUGGUCCAAUCAGCUGAUGGCAGCACGGGACUCCAUCAGGAGAUGACUGAACACACAGAGGCGUUGCACAGCGUUAAGUAAUAUUACAAAACUAAGAGGAAUGAAAUAAUAUUACAUAGAUGAAUAUUUAAGAUCACAAAAGAUCGGCAUGAAAUAAGAUUAUAGGAUCAACAGCUGAGUUUCUUUAUUAAUAUCAUAACGUUUUAUGGUUGGCAGCCAGAUGUAUGAACUGAACUUGUUAAAGACCUGUCAUGAAGUCACGUGAUGUACAUCCCCCUCAUGGACCAAUCAGGAGGCAGCGGUAGGUCAGCUGACGGAGGAGGAUUCGUCAUGUGAUCAGCUGAUGUUGCCUUUCUGACUGGUCUCUCUUCAGUCUGAUCUGCAGCCCGACACACACUCUCUCUCUCUCUCUCUCUCUCUCGCGAGAUGGAGCGUAAGCUGGACCUGUCCCGUCUGUCUGACGAUGAAGCCAAGCACGUCUGGGAGGUGAUCCAGCGAGACUUCAACCUGAGGAAGAAGGAGGAGGAGAGACUCGGGGAGCUGAAGACCAGGAUCGAGAAGGAGGACUCGAAGCGGACCCUGCUGUCCUCAGAGUCCCAGCUGUCCUCGUCCCACUGCCUGCGCUGCCUGCAGCCGUUCAAGUUCCUGCUGAGCAGCAAGCGCCGCUGCAUCGACUGCUGCACCUUCACCUGCAAGAGCUGCAGCCGCUACAACAAGAAGGAGCGCGGCUGGGUCUGCGACAACUGCCGCAUGACCAGGGUCCUGAAGAUCGGGACCGUGGGUUGGUACCACGAUAAUGUGAGAAACCGCUUCAAGCGCUUCGGCAGCGCCAAGGUGAUGCGGUCUCUGUACAAGCGGCUGAACGGAGAAGGCGGGCGGGAUGACGACACCAUGAGUAUGCCCGACGUCCGCAGCCACGUGUACAACGGCGGCGAGGAGGACCACGGGGAGGCCGAGGUCCUGCGCUACAAAGUGAUGAGGAAGAACAAGCGGCUGCUGUCGGUCCACCCUCUCGACUUCGACCCCGAGGACUACUUCCCCUACUCCCGCCGGCCCUCCGUACAGCAGCUGCAGGAGGAGCGGGGCUUCAGGAACGAUGUGGAUUACUUCGACACGAACAACAUGAGAGGAAACCGCCGCAAGAGCCUGGACCGCUACAACAUGAGAGCAGAGGAUUACGGGGACAGCCGGAUGGUCCGGACCCGUUCUCUCUCCAGGAUCAGCUCUUCGGCCGCCCGGCAGUACGUGGACACGUCUGAUGAAGAGGACCAGCAGCGCUACCCCCCCCCACUCUAUCAACAGCCCCACCCACACCGCCGCAGGAACAGCAGGGCGUCGUCUCAGGAGAACCUGGGACAAGCCCCGCCCAUGAACGAGCUGAAUAAGAGGAUGUCUGCCAUCGAGAGUCUGCUGAACCGCCUGGAGGAGAAGAUCAGCCCCGGAGAGCAGGCGGGGGGGCCCAGUGAGGAGGAGAAGCUGCGCAGGAAGCUGAGUGAGUUGGGGGGGCCUCUGAGCGAUAAGGGGGGUCAUUCUUCAGACGAGGAGCCCGUCAAGAAAGCCCCCCCUGUGGGGAGGAGCACUGCUGUGAGGGGGGGGCUCCGGGAGAAGGAGCUGAGCUCCUCCAGCGACGAGACCCCCAACCAGGCCCAGAAGGUGUACCUGGCGGCGGGUCAGUCCUUUGACCUGGAGUCGAAGCUGCGUCGGCUGGAGCAGAGCGCUAAGACCCGGUUCGGGGGGGCCACGGACUCGGAGCUGUCGGAGCUGGAGGACGUCGUGGCGCUGACCGCCGCCCGGGUGCAGAGUGCAGAGAGCGAGGUUUCUGACAUCGAGAGUAAGCUGGCCGCUCUGAGCGCCGCCGGGCCCAAGAAGAAGGUCUCUGGGUCCCAUCAGAGGAAGAGAGGCCAGCAGGACGUCUCCAGUAAGGAACCUUGAGCGUGUUCCACACCAUCAACAGGUUUAGGAUGCGCAGUCCCAGCCGUGUGCGAUGGGACGCCUCGGUUUCCUCCACAGGGAACCGUCACGGCGCUCAGAGGAGAUCCAACGACUACUGAACAGGAAAUCAACACACGUUGUUUUUCUGCUAAACAAUCUGAUUAAACUAAACUGAGUUCAAAGGUAAA